AUGGCGGCCAAGAGGAAGGCGGAGGAGCCCCCAAGCGAGCCGACAGCGGGUGUGGCAGAGCCGGAGCAGAAGCGGGCAUCUACCGGUGGCGGACUGGAGCCCGCGCUAGUCUUCAAGCUCGACGCCACGUGCGGGCGCGCGCGGGCCUCAACGGUGCGCCUGCCACACGGCGAGGUGCACACUCCGGUCUUCAUGCCAGUGGGGACGCAGGGCACCAUCAAAGGGAUGUCCUCCGAGGAUAUGAAAGCACUUGGGUGCAAGAUCUUGCUAGGGAACACGUUUCAUCUGGCGAAUCGGCCCACAACCGAUUUGCUGGAGAGAUUCGGCGGUCUUCACAAGUUCAUGCAGUGGGACGGGAACAUCCUCACAGACAGCGGCGGCUUCCAGAUGGUCUCCCUGCUCAAGCUGGCGGAGAUUACAGAAGCUGGCGUGGAGUUCGAGGAUCCCAAGAAAGAGGGGAGCCGCAUGUUGCUGACACCCGAGAAGUCGAUCGAGUCUCAGAACCAAAUUGGCGCUGACAUUAUCAUGGCUUUGGAUGACGUGGUCUCAUCUACGGAGGUCAACCAGGAGCGCAUCGAAGAGGCCACUCACCGCACCUUUCGCUGGAUCGAUCGCUGCAUCAAGGCGCACAAGAACCCAGACCGGCAAAAUCUGUUUGGCAUAGUGCAGGGCCAUUUGCAGGAAGGCCUCAGGGAGCUCUCCUUAAAGGAGAUGAUCAAGCGGGAUCUGCCAGGCUACGCCAUAGGUGGUCUGAGCGGAGGGGAGGCCAAAGAUUCGUUCUGGAGGGUAGUCGAGCAGUGCACGCGGCCAGCCACCGGGCUCCCGGAGCACAAGCCCCGGUACCUGAUGGGUGUUGGGUACCCCCUCGACAUCGUCGUCUGCGUGGCUCUUGGCGUCGACAUGUUCGACUGCGUCUAUCCCUGCCGCACGGCCCGGUUCGGCACGGCGCUGGUGCGAACUGGCCAGCUGCGGCUCACCAGUAGCGAUUUCGCCGCCGACUACCGGCCGCUGGAGGCCGACUGCGGUGGGCCGCUCAAGGGCUACACCCGCGCGAUGCUUCACACGAUCGUGACGAAGGAGCCUGUCGCCGCAACGCUGAUCACUCAGCACAACCUGUGGUUCAUGCUCAAUCUCUUGACCGAGAUGCGCACGGCGAUCGUGGCUGGCAAGCUGGGCGACUGGGUGCGGAAGUUCUUGCAGGACUUCUUCCCCGGCGCUGGCCCUCCGCCGUGCAAGCACUGCCCGCCGCGCUGGGUCCGGGACGCGCUCCGAGCUGCCGGCAUCCUGGUCGACGACCUGUUCGCGGCGGACUGGGGCCCGGAUGCCGAGGAGCUGCCAGACAUGCCGCGCGACCACGGCGGCAAGGCGACCCAGCAGGGCGAGAAGGCGUGA